AUGGCUUUCCGCAAGAGGGAGAGCUGGUCUGAUGAGGAGAACAUCCUGAAGCAUACCCCCGUGUUCCAGCAGGCAAGUAAGAAAAUCAGGCGAGGCUCGCUUUCACACGUGCUUGCGGAGCAUGACUAUCCUCCCGGGCCCUCCAGCUUGGAGCAACUCCUAAUGUUUCCAAAAGAGUUGGUGGCAACAGUCUGUUCGGAUCCUACCAGAAAGCAGAGGCUGCUUCACUUGCUGGAGCAUGGCUUGCUGCACUCCUCUGACUAUUCAGGUGUAGGCGCUGAACGAGAAGCUCUCAGGUGCAUGGCCCUGGCUAUUGCAUCAGAAACAGGAGUCUCUGUGUUGCACACGCACACCCGAAGCUGUGACAUUAGCGUAGCUGCGCAGAAGGUGCUCUGCGGCAUCGCAGAGCACCAAGACGGUGGUGCCAGUUGUGUGUUUAAGGACAUUGUGCAGCAAAUCGAUCCAGUUGCGCAGGGCUGGUUGUCUGAAUGCGACGUCAAUCCUGCAGCCACCGAGAAGCAACGGGUAACAGGCUUUCGCGAGAUGCGUGAUUGGUUGCUGGAGAAUGAGUCCUGGGCUAUUCAUCAGGACCAUGCAUCGCUGUGCUGCCAGCACAAUCGUGCCUGUGUCGUCAACAAGCCUCGUGAUGCGAGUAGCCUUGCUGUGGCCAUCAACACUGCUGGCAAUGAGUGCAAGGCCUGGAGCAGUGAGGGAAAGCAACAGCGGCAUGGGCAUGAAUCGCAGAGAGCUCUUCUGUGCUGGCUGGCGCAGCGACACUGGCUAGCACGCACCGGGCAAGAAUCACUUUUCUUCCAGGAGUGCACACCCUUGUUCGAUGUUCAGGGGUGCUUGGUAGAACCUUUGGCUGAUUCGCACCGCAUGCUUCAUGUGCUGACCGGGCCAGAAGACCAUGGAUGGCCGACCGCAAGAACACGCAGGCUGUCGUGUGGCCUGUCGUUGCGAGAACUCAUCUGGGUAGGCCCAGAUCAAAGUGAAAUUCAGAGUCACUUCACUUCCAUCUUCAAGCGUCGCUGUGAGCUCAGUGGCAAGAUCUUUUUCCAGGAACCAGAUGACAAUGUCAGAGUUUGGGUAGACAAGCAUAGGAGGCAGAAAGGGCGUGUCAGUGAUGAUGUGCCGCUCAGGGGUGAAGACAUGUGGAGCCAGGUGCUGACUCCCACGCAGAUGCAGCGGGUUGAACAGUACAAGGCGCUGCAAAGCGAAAGGGCAGGAUUGCUUGACCAGGCAUAUUUCGCUGACGUAGAUCACUGGCCUGGCAGCCCGGGACCGUCCAGUGGUCCGUACUGGCCGACCUUGCUCACACAUGGAACAAUCCUUGAGUUUUCCAGUGGGCGCAUUGCCACACCCAUGGAGAGGUUUUUGUCACUUGGCUUCAACCCCUUCCAGCAUCUCUGCAACGAGUUUUCUUGGCCUGCUGCUCCGUUCGUUUCUAAAGUCUCUGAGAGGCAGCAGACUUCCCUUAGCGGAAACAGCCAGAGCCUGCCUGCUGUGAUGGCUUGGUACUUGUAUGUGCUGGCGCACACGGUGAGGAUGCUGCUUUGCUCUGGCUUGAAGCCGCUCAAGCCUAGCGCUGCCCGCCCCAAGGCGAAAGCACGGCCGUGCAACGUGAAUGGCCGGUAUGGUUCGCUUGACGUGAAGUACAACAGCAUCUUGGACGCCUUACCGCCAGAUGCACUGCCUCAGGAGGUGACAUCCGGAAGGCACUCGUACUGGGUGAGCAGAGCUGACACAUGCAUCACAGUGAAUCUCCAAAGUUGCACCUUUGUGGUGAAGCACCCUUACCGGGACAAUGUGUUUCACUCCAUCUGUUUCAAGAAAAUGCUUGGUGGCGCCGCGGCCGGCUGGCUUCAUGUUCGAGUCUUGUGCCGCCACUGGCAGAAGCAUUUCGAUGCGAGCUUGACCGAUGUUGCCAUUAAUGAGCAGCGUGUGCUUGCUCUUAAAGAGCUGUUUGACGAGCUGACCUUGCCUUGGCAUGGUCUUUUCUUUUGCGGGAGAUUCUUGGUCGUCAAAUCCCAAGCUGUGCUGUGUGCAGAGCGGAGUGAUGUGUCAGGGCUGCUGCAGAAUCCUGCUGAAACGGCAGAUGGAAAUGCAGAGCAGCCAACUGGCGCUGUGAGGGCAAGGGGUCGAGGCCCGCUUUCGCUGUGCAUCUGCCCCAACUGCCCGUUCGUGAAAUAUCAAGGGGCCCGCUUCUGUGCGGAAGGUGAUCACAAGCGUGCUUAUGAUAACAUCAUGUAUCAGAGACGCUCCCGUAAGGACAUCAGCCAGGAGGAGCAGGAGGCGUUCGACGAAGAAAUGCGCAACGAUCAACGUGCGGGGGAGUUUGUCGAGAGCUUCGCGCUCGACAACCCUCCGGAAAUGCGUCGUAAGAGCUUGAUCGACUUUGCACAAUUUGUGCGAACGCGGGGAAUUCGAGCAAGCACCAAGGACUCCCGUAAGAACAUUGCCAUGACGAAGCGUGCCUUUAUGAAGCACUGCGAGAACGUUCUUGGACUGGACGAGGAGGAGUCCAAGGAGUACUGGCUCGAACUCUACAAUGACAGGAGCAUCCAGCGUGACAAGGAGGGCUUUCGUGGUGCUGAGCAGCUCUACGUACCGGCGCAGCACAUGAAAAUGCGGGAACGAGAACACUACGUUGACAAUCACGUGAUUGAAGGCUCGGACCAGAUCAGAAAUCCCACUCUGGAGCAAAGGGAUAUGCUCCAGAGACACCUUGGCAAGCAGGAAGCCUGUUUUGCGGAUGAGUUCUUUCAGAUGAAUGAGGCUGCCCGCAAGGACCUGGAGACAGGACCUCGAGCGCCCACCACCCCUGGAAAGGCUGAGAAGAACGCUGAUGGCCCCAAGAUCACCCCGGAAAAGCCAGCCAAGCCUGUCAACCUUGCACGUGACAGGCCAAACCUCAACCGCAUGAUGGAUUCCAGCAUCAACAAGCUCUUCAACGACCUGAACAAGAACAUUGCAUUCUUCGAGCCGGCAGUGGAGAAGUGGAGGGACCAUCCUGCCAACCUCAAGGCCAAAGACCGAGCAGCUCUGUCCUUCCUGAAGGUUCUCCAGGCUCGCCACCGCAUGAUGGCGCAAGUGCUUGGUAAGCCCCAGGUCAUUCAGCAACUGAUCUCGGAGCCUUCGGAACCUGCACCUGUAGAAGCUUCUGCUGUUGCUCCAGGAAGCCCGAAGUCAGAAAUGACAGGUCAGCAGGAAGCACGGCUCCAGACAGAGACAGCUAGCAAGAGAAAUCAAAGCUUCAAGGAGUUCAUCGAAGAUCCUGGGGUUCUGGCUCACAAGUGCUGGGAUGGUGAGCUCACGGACCUCAUGAGCAUUGAGGACCUCCAUGAGUUGAGGGACCAGGUGUUGGAUGUGGACACGGCGGAGAAGUUUUUGGCCUGCAAGACGCAGUGGGCUAAAGCGGAAAAAGCUGUCAAACAGCUGAGUGGCAACUUCAAGUCUGCUGCGGAUGAUUUGCAGAAGCAUCUCAGGUCCGUUGUUUCCGAGGAAACCAGAUCAAAGAAACGCGAGGCAUCCCAGAAGGAGAAGGAUGCCCUUCGCAAGGUCAAGCAGGAGGCCGCUGAUGCAGCAGCUGAGAUCAAGAAGCGCAAGCAGAAGACAAGUGAGACGCAGUUGGCCUUGUUCACUGCUGAUUGCAAGGAUGUGCCUACAGUAGCUGAAAUGAAGGAGGAUCAGCUUGCAAGCCCCUUCGACGAUGCUUGGACACGGCCUUGGCUGAUGAGCUCGUGUGCAGCUCUGAAUCUGGUUCUCAUCGAGACACCGGUUCAAAGGGCCCUGGCAUCCUGGGGCGCCCAAUACAAGAAGGCACAGGUCACUGCGAAGAUGGAGUGUGUGACUUUUCCCGUCCAGCAGAAUCAGGGCAAAGAUGAGAUCGCAGGGGUGCUGAAGAAGUUGUUUCCAUCCGAGGCCGCUGUUGAUAUUUCCAGCGUGGCGGGAGGACAGACUUUCAUGGGUCAGUGCUGGAUGUACGGAUGCUCGAGCACACUCAAGUCCUUGGCCGCAACACCCAACCAUGCUUGCCUGCUGAAGGCUCAGGUUGCUGGUGAAGUGUUCCAUCUCUUGUUCAACAUGGAGACAUUGCUCGCCGUGCUCUACAAAACCGGUGCAAUCACGAGUGAACAUGAUCUCAUGAAGGCUUCAGAGAUUGUGCAAGCGUAUGCUGCAGAGGACCUGAAGAAGCUCCUCGACCAUGGUGUCAAAAUCGUGCAGGCCACCCUCAAGCCACGCCAGGCACUGUACAUCCCGACAGGAUGGUUGGUGAUGGAGGUCGCGAUGCCAUCAGUCCACAUCUAUGGAAUCCGCAAGUCGUUCUUCUUGAGUACGUCACACAAGCAGUACAAGGUGGCCAUUGAUGCAACAAAAGCGGGCGGGAAGAAUGUGGACCGAAUGGUUGAGAUCAGCAAGCUGAUGGAGAAGACCACCCCGACAGCCUGA